AUGCCAUGGCCUUGCAUGCCAUGCAAGUUUCCUGUGGUGCAGAUACAAUUUCCAAGCUCAGGGGCAGUGAAUCAGCCAAGUAUGAGUGGGAAGUUUGGCGGAAAAGCGUCCACCGCCAUUGCGGAGGGUGGCGGCUUGUUUGCAGACGAAGAAACUCCUUCUGUAGCAGGAACUUGGAACAACACCUUUCAGUAUGAAGCCCUCUACAAGGCUGUGAGCAAAGGCGAUUGGGUGACCACCAAACAUUUCCUUGAUAGCAACCCACAAGCCGUGAGAGCGAAGAUCACAUUAACCGGUGACACUGCUCUUCAUGUCGCCGUCCUCACCGGGCACGGCAAGCUUGUGGAGGAGUUAGUGAGGCUAAUGUCCGACACAGACUUGGAACUCCGAAGUGGUCUCGGCUACACAGCCUUUUCCGUUGCAGCCAUCAAUGAAUUCAAAGAAAUGGCCAACAUAAUGCUUAGAAAGAACCCCAAUUUGGUAUGUGUGAAGAAUGAUAAUGGACUAAUCCCAAUUGUUGUGGCCUCCCUUUAUGGUUCAAAAGAUAUGGUUCGCUAUCUUUACUCCAAGACUCCUAUUGAAAUUCUGAGUCCUGAAAAUAAUGAUCGGAGUGGUGCCACACUACUUAAUUGUCUUAUCACAGAUGGGAUUUAUGAUGUGGCUUUGAAUCUGCUAAAAAAGUAUCCACUACUUGGUGUCACAGAAGAUUUUCAUAGGAACUAUGCAAUCAAAUUGUUGGCGCAUAAACCUUCGGCAUUUCCAAGUGGGCAAAAGUUUAUAUUUUGGAAACAGUGGAUCUACUCAUGUAUGUGUGUGAAACAAUCUGGGAUAAUUCACCACCAUGAUGAUGAAUGGCCCCCUAAAAAAUUUGGUGACGAUGAGGAAAGCAAUAUUAUAAGGUCUCAAGAAUGCUCAAGUUAUAGCAAUUGCUUAUUAAGACAAGUGCGCAGUUUAUUCAUUGGACUAAUUUGGAAACUCUUAACUUGCUUCGUCCCUGACAUGAAGCAUAUAUAUCAUACAAAGUUGAGGCACGCUCAAGUCCUUGAACUCCUUAACUGCAUUCUCAAGGAAAUUCUGAAGUUAAGUAAUACACAACUAGAAAGAAUUGGAUUUGAUCAAGCAAUCUACGAUGCGAUCAAGCACGGAAUAAUUGAGAUUGUUGAUGAGUUGAUUGAGUGCAAUCCUGAAAUAAUAUGGAGGAAAGAUAAAAAGGGUAGAACCAUCUUUGCUAAUGCACUUGUGCUUCGUCAAGAAAAGAUCUUUAGCCAUGUUUACAGAUUGGGUGCUAAGCUUCGCAUAGCAGUGCUUCGUCAUGAUAUAUUUGGUAACAAUUUUUUACAUCUAGCUGCCAAGCUAUCUCCUCCUUCAAGACUUGAUCGUAUCUCAGGUGGAGCUUUGCAAAUGCAAAGAGAAUUACAAUGGUUUAAGGAGGUGCAAAGCAUGGUGCCACCAAAAUACAUGGAAGAAGUCAAUGAAAACAACAAAGCACCAAGUGCAUUGUUCUCAGAGGAGCACCAAGAGUUAAUAAGAGAAGGGGAAAGAUGGAUGAAGAACACAGCAGCUUCAUGCAUGGUUGUAGCAACACUCAUCGCCGCGGUAAUGUUCACUUCAGCUUUUACGGUUCCCGGUGGCGACAAUAACGAAACAGGUUUCCCCAUCUUCUUAAAGUACGAUGCAUUCCUCGUCUUCGUCAUUUCGAAUGCUUUCGCCUUGUUUGCUUCUUCGACUGCUGUGCUAGUGUUCUUAGGAAUUCUCACUUCACGCUACGAAGAAAGAGAUUUUCUCAAAUCCUCGCCGACGAAAUUGAUCAUUGGUCUUUUCUCUCUUUUCUUCUCGAUAGUAACCAUGAUGGUAGCGUUUGGUUCAGCUCUUUCAAUUGUCCUCCAAGCAAGAUUGAAAUGGGUGGCCAUUCCAGUCAUUGUUCUUUCUUCAAUCCCGGUUGUUUUCUUUGCUCUUUUACAAUUUCCUCUUCUCGUUGAAAUGGUCAUCUGCACAUAUUGGCGAGACAUCUUUGACAAACCGAAGAAAGGAUCUAUGUUAGAGGAUAAUUAAUUGAAUUUCUAAUUUAUGUAUUUUAGC